AUGCCCGCCCUCACUACCACAACGCGUGCGCUCGCCCGCACAUGGACCGCCCACCAAUUGCCCGCAGCGCGCGCCUGCACCGCCGCCGUCCAGCAGACCCGCUCCGUGUCCGAGGUAUCCAGCACCUCGUCCUUCGACAGCCCGUUCAAGGGCUCCGGAUCCUCGACCAAGAUCCCCAGUUUCGCUGCCUAUCGGAAUAAGAGCGGGGGUGAGACCGGGCCGAAGGUGUUUAGUUAUUUCAUGGUGGGGACGAUGGGCGCGUUGUCGGCUUUGGGCGCGAAGGCGACUGUGCAAGACUUCCUCGUCAACAUGUCUGCAUCCGCCGAUGUGCUCGCCCAAGCCAAGGUUGAAAUCGACCUCGCUGCCAUUCCCGAGGGCAAGAAUGUCAUCAUCAAAUGGCGAGGCAAGCCUGUCUUCAUUCGACACCGCACCGAGGAUGAGAUCAAGGAGGCUGAAGAUACAAAAUGGGAGAGUCUACGAGACCCGGAACCGGAUUCUGAACGUGUGAAGAAGCCGGAGUGGUUGAUCAUGCUUGGCGUCUGCACCCAUCUUGGCUGCGUCCCCAUCGGCGAAGCCGGCGACUUCGGCGGCUGGUUCUGCCCGUGCCACGGUUCCCACUACGACAUCUCCGGCCGCAUAAGAAAGGGUCCUGCACCUCUCAACCUUGAAGUACCCGCAUACGAAUUCCCAGAGGAUGGAAAGGUAAUUAUCGGAUAG